AUGGAUUCGAAUCAGAGUAAUAAUACCAGUGAUAAUACGAGCAGCUAUAAUACUAGAACUAGGAGAAGAAAUAAUAGUAAUGAUCAAGAGAGUAAUUUAACAAAUUUGACCAAUUUAACGAGUUUGAAAAGUCUAAAUUCGAUAUACAAUAAAGAAAAUAAAGAAAAUGAGAGGUUCAAAUAUGUAAGUGAAUAUGAUUAUAUCAAUGAUAAUUAUCGUAAACUCAUUAAACAUGACAGUAAUAACAAUAAUAAUUAUUAUUUUGCUUAUGGUAAUCAUUACCAAUAUAAAUUAACUAGUAAAUAUCAUCACAACUACAAUGAAAUGGAUUAUCAAAUACAAAGAAAUAGCUACCACUCGAAGAAUAGCAAAUUCCGACAGUCAUUAUCGAGGGAAGAAAGUGACGAUAUGGAUUAUAACACAUAUGAAGAUUACAGCUUGGAUAUAAACGAGAUAGAUGAGAUAGUGGGAGUGAAUGACAGCUAUAGGAGUGAAGAGAUUGAUUACAGCUAUUAUCCAAGUCCAGAGACAUCAAUUAAAAAUUACAAUGAAAGCAAUGAAAACAAUAAAAACAAUGAAAGCAAUGAAAACAAUAUUCUCUGUGCUGGUAAUUAUUUCGGUGAUAAGCUUGAUAACCAACGAAGCGAAAUAUUAAAGAUCCGCAAACUAAAAUCAACACCACAGCUAAUAGCGGAAGAUGGCGUGAAGAGCUGCAAUGGGCUUUAUGGAAGGGAGUUGAACAGCUUCAGCGAUGGAAGCAAAGGCUACAGAACAUUGGACUACAACUACUACAAUCGCUUGAACCUCUCUCUCAACAACAUUAGCAACUACCGGAGCUGCACCGUGGAAGACGGCAAUCCGGAAGACGCCGUUUCGAUCCGAAAUCCGGGCAGGCCCGUAAGCAGGCUCAUCGCCAACCACUCCCUCCACCAGCAGGAGUUCGCGCAGGAGCUCUCGCGCGCGUCCGGGCUGCAGUUGCAGAACAAGUUGCCGGAGAAGCCCUCCUUGUUGAGCUGGAUCCCCGAGAUCCCGUUGGACAGCGCCGCCUCGAGCAGCUCGUGCAGCUCCCGCGGCUCCUGCGCCACAACCACCACGCGGGCGGAGCGCUUUUCGCUCUGGCAAAAUGCCGUCGCGUACCGCCGGGCGCUCGCCGCCGAGCACCGGUUCUGA